CAUUUAAGGAUUGUACUAAAAAAAUGCGAUCGCAAACGGCUGCAAUAGCGUUGACGUUCUUAGCGGCGAUUAUGCUAUUCGAUUCUUCACAUGGUGCAGCGGUGAAGCAGACUUGUAUUAAAAAUACAAAUAACUGCGUCCGCAGCGCGGAAUGUUGCACGGGAUGCUGUCACAACGAAAAAUGCGUCGAUUUCGGCGACUCCUGCCUGAGCGAUCAAUUAUCUGGUGCCGUUGGUCCUUGCGCUCAACUAGACCCGCCAUGUCCCAGGGAACACACUUGUGUUCUACAGCCAGUCCUAUGUGUGCAGAGUCCUUGUCCUCCGGUAGCUUCCUGCCUCCCGCCAGAUUACGAGGAUUACGACUAACGCAAAUUUUUAUUUCUUACCUACGAGUACUGAUCAAGUGGCAGUUGAAGGUUUUACAUUAACGUUAGACAAUAUCAGAUCUAUAUUAGGACCGUUACGAUGUUUCCAUUUUUGUAAAGCACCCGUAGAGUAUAGAAUUAUGUAUUAUAUUUUUAACGAUGUUUGGAUAUAUUAAAAAAACUGACGGUCGAA